AUGUUCAGAAACACUGCCUUGAAGGCCACCAACAGCGGUAUGCUGCGUGGUGCGACCUCUUCAGCAUGCCGGCGCUCAUUCCACCUCACCACAAGUGCUCGUAGCGCCUCAAAACGCUCUGGCUUCAGCGUGGCCGCUCGUCGGCCUCUUGCCGUUGUCGAUCGUGCUUUCAACGGCGCCCGUUCCUACGCGGCCGCCGCGGAUAGUCCCGCCCAGGGAGUGGUAAGCAACACCUCUUGA